AUGGUUGUUGAGGAUACGUCUACUGCUGUGAAGGGAAAGUUGAGGAAGGGACAUGGAAAGGCUCAUGCGCGGAAGGGAACGAUGAUGCGACCUUUCCAGGAUAUGCUCCUGUCGGGGGCCUUGACAGCUUGGUUCGCUUGGUCGUGCGGAUGGACCCAAGAUAGCUAUGAAUACAAUAGGUCAUUCACUGCUACUGUAGACGACUUGGUCCAUGCUGCUCUUCCCAUCCUUCCGAGAGAGUUCUGCGUCGUGGUUCAUUGGGUCUUCGCCUUGAUAAGUGUGAUCGCCUGUACCGCAGUUCUCAUUGGUCCAGUACCACUCCUCGGGAAUAGGACACUCUUCACGGUUGGCACUAAGCUGAUGACUAUAGUGACCAUAUACGAGUCCACCAUCACAAUGCUAGCUACCGGGGUCGAUGCAGCACAGGUGGCUCCGCGUGUAGCACUGAUAUUAGCAUUGAAGGUAGCUGCUGGAGUGUCUAAGAUCCCCUCCGGGCCUAGCGUAUUCCUCACCUGGUUUAUCUCGGUGAGACCAUGGACCUUCCCCGCGGCAUUAGCCCCACUGAUCGUGACGGCUGCUGUCGUGAACUGGCUAGGGCUGGAGUUAGCGUCGGUGUCACACAUGACGGAAUUGAUAUUCUCGCUCGUUGCUGUGCAAGCUGCAGCUAACCAGAUAAACUCUAUCGCGGAUCUGUGGAAUGGGGUUGACAACGUGCACACAGCUGCGGACAGGUCAAUAGUCGAUGGACAUAUGACCAUGCGAACGAUGGUAGCAUCAGCAGCAUCUUUAUUCGGAGUGUUUGUCAUCCUACUGGUCCGCUGUGGUCUGAUGGUCCCCUCGGAGUACAAGCCAUCACUUACAGUGUUGGCCACAGUUGGUGGUCUUGCUGCGUUUAUAUAUACGGCUGGUCCCCUACCGUUCAAGUACAUCGGCCUUGGAGACAUCCUCAUUUUCCUUACCUUCGGCCCGAUGACUACGUACUACUUCCUACUGUGUCUUACCAAUCCAGAUCAAUCAACGCCUAUAUUUGGCCAAAUUUUCAUCCUCACGUUGCCGACUCUGUUGCUCGUUGUGGCGAUUCUGAAUUCGAAUAAUAUUCGCGAUAUGGAGGAGGAUAAGGCAUCGGGAGUGAACACACUUGCUUCUAUGAUGGGCCCUAGGCUCAGUCGGGUGUACUUUGCAAUUUUGCAGUUGGCGCCUCACUUCAUUGCAGCUUGGAUAAUCAAUGAGUAUAACUGUGUUGGCCUUCUGCUCACGUUUCUGGUCAUACCCAGGACCAUGUGGCAAAUUUAUCGAGUCUGCAUCAGAGACCUCAGCGUUCUCAAAGGACCAGAGAGAAAGUUCGUGGUUAAAGAGACAUCCGACACCGUACUUAUGUAUGGUAUAGCUACUGCUAUGGGAUUGGCUUGUUCACCAAAAGGCCAACCGGUGAAUUUCGUUGGAGUCGCCGUUUCGAUGGCUGUGAUGGCCGUAGCCUAUAUGACCUUGCAGUGA